AUGGACUGGCUUAACUAUGCUCUCCCCACAGGCUGGCUUACUUAUAUUCUGCCCAUGGAGUGGCUUGUAUAUAUACUCCCCGAAACCCAGUUGAUCUACCUAUGCGAGCAGGCCGAAGCACGGAACACAGUCAUCAAUCGCGUUGAAGGAGGGAAUCAUGUCCUCCGAAUCUCAGACAAAAUCGCAGUCAAACGUGGAUUUGGCGUUUUGCCAGGCGAGGUCGCUACACAAAAGUACGCCAAUCAACAUCUCAACCGUCGUGUCGUCCGUGUUCCGCAGGUCUACCGCUACUUUCAAGUUCCAGACCAAAUAGAUCCCUCGUGGCCGGAAGGUUAUUUAUUUAUGGAAUAUAUACCCGGGCAGACUUUGGAAGAGCUCGAGCUUAGCAGCGCCGUCGAUAUCACUAAACGCCUGGCAGAUGUUGUCUCUGAGUUAGGGAAGGUCACAGGCACAGGCGAUGGCAUACCCGGAUCACCAAUCGGCAGUAGAAGGCUUAUAGGGUACUUGUUCGGUGAUGAGGGGACAAGCGAGGCUAUUUGCUCUGUUGACGACUUGAACCAUUGGAUCAACAAGCGCCUCAAGUUCACAAACGACACGAUAGAUUUGCGUUCAUAUCCACUUGUGCUCUGCCACCUCGACUUCUGUCGCCGUAACAUCAAGCUCAUGGAAGACAACUCGAUAUGCUUACUUGACUGGGGCCAUGCGGGCUUUUUCCCGCGGUUCUACGAGGUUGCAGCUGUUUCAUGUUACAAUGAUAAACUUCCUUACAUAGAGAGCCUCCGUCAAGCCAUAGCAAAGACAAUGGAGCUCUCAGAUGGGGAGCAAGAAUGUGUGAAACUUCUUACAAGAGCCCGUGCUCUUAGUUUGCGACAUUCAUUGGUACUUGCAUGCUUGUUGAUGUAA